UUGUAAAUUCUGUUGUAGCUACGAAAACGAACAGGGAAACAGCACUCAGAAAGGACAAGGUGUAGCAGAACAUCUCCGGACAUCUAUUUACCAUGACGACCUACAGUAAAAUGAGACAACUCGUCAUGGAUUUCAAUAUUUAUUGGUAUGAGGAUGGCGACAUUUUCCUUGGAGUUGAUGAUCCUGGGUAACGUCCCGCAUGCCGCACACAUCAUCACCCGAUUGGGACCAGGAAUCGCCAGCGUUGGCUGGCUGUUCGACAUCGGACCAGUGAUCGCCAGUCAUUUCGUCGUCGGUGGUGGCAGGUAGUUCUCCGGAACCCAAGUCCUUCUACGACUUCCAGAAGGUUGCAACAGUCGGUCCAACGUGUCCGAAGGAUCAUCGUCGUCAUCAUUGCAUCAGUGUACAACUCGGUUUCAUAAACUAAGCACUCAAGACAUCGAAGACAUGAGGAACACGAGCGGGCUCUGGAUGGAGAAGAAAGAGCGAGUUGGAAAAGAGGGGAAACGUCUUCUUUCGCCAGACAUCGUGUUCGGUCAAUCCGAGUAAAAAAAUAAAAAGAAAUGGUGACAUGCCACCUUUGUCCUCCGGCCGAUCGGCAGCACUACACAACAGCGCUGGGACUUCAAGUUCAUCUGGCUAACGUUCAUAACCUUGCAACACCCUGUAUCCCAUUUUGUGAGACACUCUGUACGCUCCGCAACUAUACCAACCGCUAUGAGCUUCAUCUACAUGACAGAGACGACGACGGGCAGGAUGUCAGCACAUUCUUUCAUGAAAACGGACGCUACCUUGCCGGUGUACUUCGACAUUUCGGAUUUCCGUUACGCUUUUAUGUUUUGCUGAAGGCGGAACUCGGUCGACAUACGCCUGAGGAUGAGAUCAUAUUUGUCACUCAAUUUAUUCCUUCGAGUGUGCAUACGCUGUGGUCGGAACGAGACGUAGAACGUGCUGUCAUUGAAGUAGGCACUGAAGUCACCAACAAUUUAGAAAAGCUUGAAAUGCAAGGGUCGGGAUUUUUCUUAUUUCGAAUUCACGCCUGCAUUCUUCAUGUCGGUCGUCUCGCACCACAGCUCAUUGGUUGUACCGACUUUGAAUUGCCAAACGAAUUGAAAAAAAAAGUGUCGGUGUCUUCUGAAUGUCGACCUUCACGAGGAUAGUGAACAGAACAUGUGUUUCGCAUUUUGCGUACUUGCCGGUCUACAUCCUGCAAAGGGUUCUUACAGACGCAGAGCUUCAUCCUACAGGUCAUACCUGUCUCAAUAUGUAUUUCCAGAGACGUUUCCUGUAGUGUUCCCGAAAGAUGUAGAAAUGUUUGAGAAGCAGAACGAUGUGAGCAUUAACGUGUACGGUUAUGACAAAGAUGAAAAAUAUGUUUACCCGAUUAAGGUUGUUGACGACCAGUGCAAGAAGCAUGUCGACCUACUGCUGAUUGACUUCCAUUUUGUACUCAUUACUAAUUUCAAUGCUUUGUUCACACCACCUGGUUAUUUUCACUGCAAACGGUGUACGAUGGGUUUCACCACCCCGGGUGUACUCGCCGAUCAUCUACUAAUGUGUAAACAACAAAAAGUGUCCAAGACUAUUUUUCCAAAGAAAGGUGAGACACUGUCGUUUGCCGGAGAGCAUUUGAUGUCGGAAGUUCCCUUCUACUGUGUAUACGACUUUGAGAGUGUACUAUCACCGUGUUCGGGAGGCGGGAAUGUCUACGAGGAACACAUCCCUUCAUCCUUCUGUCUCCUCGUCAUACGCUCGUGCGAUUCGUAUGUCUUGAAGAAACAUAUUUACCGUGGUGCAGACUGCGUUUCCGUUUUCAUGGAACUAUUGCGUAAUUUGCAUGAUGAGCUGUAUGCGAUGUUGCACGAGACUGUGCCCUUGCAAAUGACCCCAGGAGACGAACUCGAACAUUCUGAAGCCACUCACUGUAACAUCUGUAAAGAACCAUUCACUAAGAAGCAGAAAGUGCGAGACCAUGAUCACGUAAGUGGAGAAUUUCGCCAAUCAUUGUGUCAGGGAUGUAAUCUGAAACUGCGGAUACCACGGAAAGUGCCCAUCAUUGCACAUAAUGCCAAUUAUGACCUCGGAUUCAUAGUAGCUCAUCUGCACCUGCUUCGGAAGACAGACAUCAGAGUGAUAGCCUCCAGUUGUCAAAAGUUUAAGGCUAUAGACAUUGGUGUGUUCCGCUUCAUAGACUCGUUAAGCUUCCUCAAUGCUAGUCUCGACACACUGACGAAAAAUCUAUGUGACAAAGGUGAAUCUAACUUCAGGUGUCUGCGUCAGUUUUUCGCAGAGGAGGACUACUUCAGGUUGGUUGUACGUAAAGGGGUUUUCUGUUAUAACUACGUUACCUCUUUUGAACGUUACGACGAGCCCUGUUUGCCAUCACGUGACCAGUUCUUUAACCAACUGAACGGAUCAGAAGUGAGCGAGGAAGAUUACCGCCAUGCGCAAAAUGUGUUUGAAAAAUUUCAACUGAAGAGCCUGGGCGAGUACUCGGAUUUGUACCUUCUGACGGACGCAUUGCUUCUGACAGACGUGUUUCAAAACUUCCGAAUAUGGGCGUUGGAGACGCACAAAAUUGAACCACUUCAUUUCGUGUCACUCCCGGGACUAAGCAUGUCUUGCGCACUAAAAAUGAGCCGGAUUAAUCUGGAUUUAAUCCACGAUCCCGAUGCCUAUCUGUUAAUUGAACGGGGCCUGCGUGGUGGUAUGACCCAGUGUUCAACGCGAAUGGCCACUGCAAAUGUCCCAGGGACAGAUCAGUACGAUCCCGAAAAACCAAAGACCAUAAUUCAUUACAUGGACAUAAAUGGACUCUAUGGCACAGUGAUGCGUGAACCACUCCCAUUCGGAGACUUUGAAUGGCUGUCACCCGAAGAGGUUGCAGGUUCAGAUGUAACCCUUGUUGCAGAUUAUGCAGACGUUGGUUAUUUUUUAGAGGUAGACCUGGCCUACGUACAAGAGCUCCACGAACGACAUAAAGAUUUACCGCUCGCGCCCGAAAAAAUGAGCGUCCCGUAUGAGUUGCUUUUGGAUUAUCAGAAAGACCUGAUGAAAAAAUUUAACCUGCCACAGCAUGAUAUAGAACCGAAAUUACUCCUUACAGUGCUUGACAAGAAGAAGUAUUUUCUUCAUUAUCGCAGUCUAAAGUUGUACCUACAGUUGGGUCUUCGGCUCGAGAAAAUUCACCGGGUGCUCAGGUUCAAACAAAAACCAUUCCUGCGAUCCUAUGUUGACUUCCAUCAUGAACUACGCAAGCAGGCAACCAAUACCUUCGAACGGCUCUAA